ACAGUUUCACGCGCAUUGUCUUACGGUUCACACGUGUAACUGCAUGCUUUACGACCGCUUACUGUUCUGCAGACAUAGUCCACGGUUACACAGUUACAGUUAGAUCGAUGAGUGUCACAGUACUAUAGCCCCGCGGCUUGUGACUCACAUCUGUGAUUGAUUUUCCUCGAAUUUUCCUCAGUUUGUGAGGAAAGUUAUACUUCUCAGUUCAUUUAUGUUGACAUAUUUGAAAGCUGAGAUUCUGUAGCAAAAGCGUCUUGUUCAUCUUUGUCUCGAGGUAAAUUAGUUCAGUGAUAACAUAGAAUGAAAAUGCUCGAGGGCUGUGUCUCCUGCCCUCAGGAGUCAGUAACUCCUUAGUAAUGUUCUCUGCUAUUACUUAUGAACUAUCAUCUAAAUUUUUGGACGAAUAUAAGUGUACACGAUUGCUGGGCUCCGCGAUGUCGAAGAAGCCGGCGGCGCAGCCCACGCUGCACAAGGUGAUCAUGGUGGGCUCGGGAGGGGUGGGCAAGUCGGCGCUUACCCUGCAGUUCAUGUACGACGAGUUCGUAGAGGACUACGAACCGACAAAAGCUGAUAGCUACAGGAAAAAGGUCGUACUCGACGGCGAGGAGGUACAGAUAGACAUUCUGGACACAGCGGGUCAAGAGGACUACGCCGCCAUACGGGACAACUACUUCCGUUCCGGCGAGGGUUUCCUCUGUGUAUUCUCUAUUACUGAGCCGGAGAGCUUCGACGCCACGCAGGAGUUCAGGGAGCAGAUACUGCGGGUGAAGAACGACGAGAACAUCCCGUUCCUGCUGGUGGGCAACAAGUCGGACCUGGGCGACAAGCGGCGCGUGCCGCUGGACGCGUGCCGCGAGCGCGCCGCCGCCUGGCAGGUGCCGUACGUCGAGACCUCCGCCAAGACGCGCGACAACGUCGACAAGGUGUUCUUUGACCUGAUGCGCGAGAUCCGCUCGCGCAAGUCGGACGACAGUCGCGCGACCAACGGCGACGUCAAGAGGACGAAGCGCAGGAAAAUCAAAUGCAACAUUUUGUAGGGCGGCGCCCGAGCGAGUCGCGGGGCUGCCCCCCCCCGCGCGCCGUAACGGUGUGCUCUGCGGCGACCGCUGGUGCUGGAGGGUCACGUCGGGUAAGGUUCAUAAUGCGCCCUCGGAGCUGUGCCGGGAACAUUAUGGACGGGAUCCGAUACAGUGUUUGUUAUAACAUCGCGCUUGCAUGUUACGCUACGGUGAUGUCGUUCUAUGUCGAAAUAGACUUCAAUUUUUUUAUUCACACGGUACACUAGACUAUACAGAGUCCAUUUUAUAUUUAAACAAUUGUUAUAUUCACAAUUUUUAAAAGAUCUCCAUUUUUUUUUAAAUAACGCCGAACUGUAAGCGGCCCUGAACUAAUUCGAAUUAUUAAUCUCGAUUUUACAUGUAAUUUUCUACUUUGUAUGAAAGUCGUUGUCGCGUUCGCCGGAGCGGUCCGGGCGGCACUCGUUCGCAUUGAACCCACAAACGAUUGUUUCGAUACAAUUAUACUUAACGUUUAAGUGCUGUACUUGUUUCGUAAAGCUGUCUUGUAUUGGAGUUUAGUGUUUAAAGAAAGUAAAACUUGAUUAUUUCAUUUGUUGAAACGCAAGAGUUAUUAAUUAUGUGUUGAUAAAAAAACUAAACUACCGCGUAUACUUUUCGUACCAGAAAAAAAAUGCCAUAAAGUUUUUAAAACAAAUUUAAAUCAAGAUCACAGGCGGAACGAAAUCUCAGAUAAAACUGUAUUACUUCUAUAAACACUAAACAGAGUGAGAUGUAUGCACUGCUCACGGAUUAAUUAUUUUUAUUUUUAAAUAAAUUAUUGCUUCAACUAUUUAGAAUUAUGGCUUCAUUACACGAAUAUCGCGUAUCGCGCAAAAUGCAAAGUGCGGACGAUGAUUCCAAUAUAGCUUUCAGUAUAGCUUCAAUUGAUAUUCUGUAAAAAUGGUGUUAUCGUGUAGUGGAGCCAUUAUAAAUAUUUUUUCCUUUGAUUAUGUUCUUGCAUUUGUGGUAUACAUUAAUCGUCGCUUAAUUAUAUUAUAGAUGUAAAUGUUGUGUGUGUGUGCGUGCGCGCGCACGACGUGUCGGCCAUUUUGAAUAUAUCGAGCUGCAUACGCUCGCACAAUCGUCAGCGCGGUUAUAUUGAGUGAUAGUUUUGUAUUAAGAAUCUUUAUAUAAUAAACAUUUAGUUUAAAUUUAAUUUUAAAACUUUUGUGUUCCAAAUUAUGAACUGAAAUAUUUUAAGCGAUAAUUUUAUCGUUAGUAAAUAAACAUGAAUGGAAUGAAAUGAUAACUUUCGCUGGAUUUACAUUAAGAUGGAUUAGUUAUAUUUAAGAUUAAAACAAGAUAUUAUUUAUUGUAUUUAUAAAAUGAAGGGACACAAAAUUUAUUUUAUUAUCUAAUAGAAGCUUUGUACGUGUAUUGUACGCAUUUCGUCUGAUAUUUGGCUUAUUUUUUAAUAACAUAUAAUUUUUCAAUCUUGUCUGUCUAUAAUAUAUAUAAAUGAAUAAAAUAUAAUAUACGACAUACCCAUAGUAUCAUAUAAUAAUAAUUUUGUAUAAAUAGUAAUCAGAAGGCUCAGUCUGUGACGACUGUGACUGCCAAAACAUACUCUUUUAUAAGUAAGUAAGCAAAGCAUUCAGCGUCCCCAGAUGUAUAGUAAGGCAAUUGUUUGGCGUGCAUUUGUUUUGUGUAUUGUACAAUUUGUAUAGUAGAUGGCCUAAUGUACACUUGUGGUCUCUAUCUCGGAUAAACUUGCAUUAUUCAGCGAGGCAGUUCAAUGAUAACGGAUCAUAUAUGUUCAUUUGUAAAAUACCGGCACAGUUCAUUGUUAUAGUGGAUUUAUACUUCAAACUGUCUCAUUGGUUCUAUGUACAGUAAUAUGAACCUUAAUACAUUAUAAUAAAGUUCAAAUAACGAUAUAGAAUUGGGUCGGUCUUGUACUAAUUAAAAAGUGUGAAAAGCCUUUUCUCCAAAAGACUCGUCAGUGUUAAAUAGAUUCCUAAUCAUACUUAAUGAAUUCGUCGCUAGAUGUCCUUUAGGUUACUUAGAUAUAUGGAAUACCAAACUGUAUGUAUGCGAUGUAUAUCAGACUCCCACAGAUAAUUUAUAAUGAAAAGACAAGCAAAAAUUAUACUGAUUUGCAAGA